AAAGUGGCCAUUGCUUCAGCCACGAAAGCAGCAGGAAAGCAACUAAACUUUUCCAGGCCGAGAUUGGCGAAAUUUGUUCAGCCCAAGCACCACUCGCAGAACGGCCACACUAGCUUGGUUUGUACCUUUAGCGACCAGCGGUGGGGACGAGCGAGAAAAUCAGCUCGCUAAGAAUUAGAUUGUCGAGUCGCGCCUGAAUUUGGAGAUGAGCCGUAAUUUGUAUUCAGGGCGUCGAACAUCUGUGCCCACAGCGUGGAAAACAGUCAGCCAUUGACAUUGACCACUCCGAGAGGGAGCUUGGAUAUCUCCUGGCUGCAGGCGCAUCGGUCAGUCGUUGCCUGGCGCACACAAGUCUCGACUGUCCCUGCACACUGGUGCGCUUACAUAUAGGGUAGAGGUGCCCUUUCUCCUCAGCCUCGCCCUCGCUCGUCAUUCAGCGCCCGCUGCCUGUGCGGGAAAGAAUCGCGGGAUCUGGGACCCAAUUGAGCAGAGCAGUGACGGACGCGGCACGGAGAGAGAGAGAGAAACCAGUCAUGGCGAUUUCGUUCGGCAGCUCGCUCUCCGCGUCGGAGCGCGAGCGCAUGACCGUCUCGGCGUUUCUCAAGGACACGCAGGAGGACGUGAACUCACCGUCGACGUCCACGUAUCAGCUGCGCAUGGAGACGCUGCGCAGGGAAAUCCUGAAAAUCGACGAGGGCUUGGAUAAUGACAAGCGACAGCUGAAGAAGCUGGUGUCCGGCAUGCAGAAGAUGGUGCACUGUGGCGAAGAGUACAUAAAGACCCAGAACGCGUUCUCCGACUCCAUGGAGAAGCUGGGCACAAACUUCAUGCCCACGCAGCCGAAGAUCGGCACGGCGUUCCUCAAGUUCGCCGUCAUCGUCAAGGACAUGACGGAGACGCAGGAGAACCAGCUGAAGAACAUGAACAAGAUCGUGCUGUUCCCGCUGGAGUCGCUCCUGAAGAACGACAUGAGCGGCAACCUGAAGAAGCCGUUCGACAAGGCCUAUGCCGAGCACGAGCGUGCGCGAGCGCGGGUCGAGCGCGAGAAGCGUCGUCAGGCGGAGGCGGCGGGACUGCAGCGUACAGAGUUCAAACCGGAGGACACGGCGCAGGAACUGGAGAAGGAACGGCGCGGCUUUCAGCUUGCGACGUGCGAGUACUUUCUCAAGGUGAACGAGAUCGGCCUGAAGAAGACGUCGGACUUUGCGCAGCACCUGGUCGAGUACUAUCACUCGCAGUGCAGCAACGUCAAGGACAGCCAGCAGAAGCUGUCGGGCGUGUCGCAGUGGGUGGCGGACCUGUCGACGGACGUCUCGGAGAUCCGCAAGAAUCGCUACGAGGAGGAACGCAACGACCUGAUGGACAUGAAGCGCACGGUGCAGUCGCUCCUCUCGCCCAACGACGUGAAGCGAGACAAGCAGCGCGCCAUCAACCCGGGCAUGCGGCAGUUCGGCGACAAGCGCGAGCGCGAGCGCCAGCACGGCCUGAGCAAGAGCGGACCGCUGCAGAAGCGCUCAGACGGCAUCCGCAAGGCGUGGCAGAAGCGCUACUGCACCAUCGCCGACGGCAUCUUCUCCAUAGCGCACUCGCCGCGCGAGCCGCCCACCGUCACCCUCCCGCUGCUCACCUGUCAGUGCAAGGACGAGCUGGACAUGGCCAAGAAGCCAUGCUUUGCGCUGCACUCUCAGAACCGCAAGUACAUCUUCCAGGCGGACGACGAGCAGGAGAAGGAGGAGUGGAUGGGCGUGCUGAACAACACCCUCGAGCACCUGUUCAACAGCCACCUGGCGCCCACGAACGACGGCGAGGAGUCGUCGGUGGUCAAGUCGAUGAACGAGCUGACGCAGCGCAUCGUGGAGGUGAUCCGCUGCCUGCCAGGCAACCACCAGUGCUGCGACUGCAGCGCGCCCGACCCGCCCUGGAUCUCCACCAACCUGGGCAUCCUGGUCUGCAUCGAGUGCUCGGGCGUGCACCGCGAACUCGGCGUGCAGUUCUCUCGCGUCAGGUCCCUGGUCCUGGACAACCUGUGCACGGCGGAGCUGCUGGUGGCGCAUCGCAUGGGCAACUACGCGUUCAACGAGGUGACGGAGGAGAAUCUCACCGUGCCCAAGCUGAGCAGCAACGCCAGCAUGGUGGAGCGCAAGGACUUCAUUCGCGCCAAGUACGUCGAGCACAAGUGGGUGCGCCCGAGCGGCCGCAGCGCCACCGAGAUGCUGUCGGACCUGUCCAACGCCAUCCACUGCGGCGACCUGGAGGCCGUGCUGCACAUCCAGCAAGAGGGCUUCGACUUCUCCAACGUCCUGCAGGACACGGAGCACGACGGCAACGCGCUGCACCUGCACCUGGAGGCGGAGGAAGAGCACUCGCUGCACGUCUUCGACUUCCUGAUCAACAACGGCGCGGCGGUGAACCGACCCGACGCUCACGGCACCACGCCGCUUCAUCUGGCCGUCGAACGCGACCUGCCGCAGGCCAUCAAGCUGCUGCUUCGCGCCGAGUCCGACGCCACCAUCGAGAACCGUCACGACAAGACACCGCUGCAGCUGGCGCAGGAGCUGGACCGCACGGAAUGCGCCGAGCUCCUCAGUCUCUACGCCAAGAAGAAGAAGGCGCCGCGCUUCAAUCAGAUCAAGAUGGAGUGGGGUGUGCUGGGCGACCAGAACGAGAAGAUCUACGAGGAUCUGAGCAGUCUGAUCGAGUCUGAAGUUGGCCUGUUGAGGGGCAACCGCCGUCUCACCACAUCAACCCACACAGCGACGACGAGCAGCAGCAGCGGCGGUAGUGCCAGCACCAAUAGCAGCAUCGGUGGCGGUGGCGGUGCUGGUCGCAAGCCUUUGCCCGAACUGCCCGCGGGUGAUGAAGGCAGCUCUGCUCCACCGCCGCUGUCCUUCUCCAACCAAGCAGUCAGCACGCCCCCCUCAAGGCCACCGCUCCCUCUACCCCCGGGUGCCGACCCACCACCGACAACGACUGCCGCACCUGCUCAAGAGUUGCCGUUACCGACGGGCGCUCUUCACCGCGUCGAGGCGCUAUUCGACUGCGACGCCGAUCAGGAGGACGAGCUGUCGUUCAUGGAGAACGAACAUAUCAUUGUGACGGACGAGACCGACAACGACUGGUGGUUUGGCUACAUCGAGACCAAUCCGGACCGCUACGGCGUAUUUCCCGUUCUCUACGUGAAGGUGUUGACGUAACGUCAGUAGUACCUUGCUGGUGUCUCAGUUGCACUCUCACCUGUACGUACGCCCGUGCCUUCACCCUGCUAGGUUUGCUACCCGAUGUGUCGUGUCUUUUUCGUGUGGAUCUGUGUUCUGGUGGUGAGUGCCGGUGUGUAGUGUGCGUGUGUUUGUGUUUGUUUUUGUUUUUGUUUGUCUGUCUGUCUCUGCCUGCCUGUCCACGCUCUCUCUCACUCUCUCUCUCUCUCUCUCUCUCCUUCUCUCCUCUCUCUCUCUCUCUCUCUCUCUCUCUCUCUCUCUCUCUCUCUCUCUCUCUCUCUCUCUCUCUCUCUCUCUCUCUCUCCCUCUCUCUCUCAGUCUAUCUCUUUAUCAUUCUCUCUCUUCCCCUUCUUCUUCUUCAACCCGGUCUGCUCUGUAAUGUGACAGCCAUAUGUUGGUGACUGUCAUGAAACAACUGGCUUGGUAGCAAACACACCAAGGCCUGACCCAGUUGCCAGACUCUUCUGUUGAUAUUCCUUUCCAAACAUGUUAGUAGCUACCACCACCUAUCCUAUCAGCUAUGCUGGCAGGCAUAGUGUGUUGCCAACUGCCCUUGCUUUGCUCUGUUCUCACUGCUAACCGUUCCAAUCUCUUCGUUUCGUCUGUCACCAGCCAGUCAUGCCCGUCGCCGCCUGUCUUUGAUGUCAUGCCGACGGAGUUUAUUUCCCCUAAUGGCACAUUCCUUUAGCUCCUUUCGAUUCCCACGCUAUUAGGAGAUUCCGCUUGUCCCGUGCUCGGUGUGAUUUUUGUAAUUUCCAACGUUGGCGCCCUUUUCUUUGAUAAGUUAGCGGUCUCCUUGUAAGUUGAGCAAGGGAAUCUCCCUAGCUCGUAGCCUAGGGGAGCGACCAUGGCUCCCUGCCCAUAUUAUAUUUAUCCUGGAGGCCUGGCGGCAGCGGGCGGUUACUCGGGGUAACGAUAGUCUCCGCCUGCACGGCCGCGCAACACGGCCUGCGUGCAUGCCGCCAUCCCAACUCCCGCACACCGACACCACCGCCUUCCGAACCUGGUCUCGCUCCCCCCCCCCCCCUCCCCUAGCAUCGCCAUGCCUGAUCUUUCAUCACGUUGACAUCGUGCACACCUUCAUUCCGCUGCCGACACCGACCACACACCGUCGUGCAGAACCGAGCCCAGAGAAUUCUAUUUUCCACUUUGGUCAUAAUUACGUUUGUACAUAUGUUCACCAUCAAGCAUAGGCUGAUAUUCCUUAUUGCGAGAUUUACGCUAUCAUUUUUUGUAAUUUUUGUAAUUUCCUCCUUUCACGGAAAUGUUGAGCUUUACCCGA